AUGUCGCUCUUUGGGCAACAAAAUGCCGGCGGCGGCCCCUCGCUGUUUGGCCAACCCGCCCAAUCCGGUGGUGGAUUAUUUGGCAGUGCCCAACAGAGCAAGCCUGCCACGGGUGGUCUGUUUGGCGGCGGUCAGCAGCAGCAGCAGCAGCAGCAGCAACAACAACAACAACAACAACAACAACAGCAACAACAAAACCAGAGCGGCACAUCGGGCGGCGGACUCUUUGGCCAGCCGAUGCAGCAGACCUCAGCUUCGGCCGCCGCCGGUGGAGGUUUGUUCGGUCAGUCUUCCCAGGCAAAGCCGGCCACGGGAGGUUUGUUUGGGAGCACCCAACCACAGCCACAGAAUGGGACGACGAGCGGCGGCUUGUUUGGGCAACCUGCACAGAACCAGCCCUCUGGCGGAUCGGGAGCCGGCCUGUUCGGCUCACAGCCCCAGGCGCAGCAGCAGCAGCAGAAACCCUCGCUCUUUGGAGCAUCGACAACCACAUCCUUGUUUGGGGGAGGCUCUGCAGCGCCGCAGACGACGGGCUUUGGCGCAACGACGGCCAGGCCAUCCCUUUUCGCUUCGACCUCGACCACCAACAACCCGCUGCAGCUGCAGCAGCCGCAGCAGCCGCAGCAAAACGCCAGCCUCCUCGGCGGCAGCCUCUGGGGCGCCUCGACCCAGACCGUUCAACCACCGCUGCAGGCUGCCCAGUCUCAGCAGCCGGCCGGUGCCUACUUCGACAGCCUGUUUGCCAAGACGCAAAAGGACGGCGGCGCCAAUCCCAACUCGGCGGACCUACCCAGUCUUGAGCUCGGCCUCGGCGAUCUGCGACACCGGCUGCGAAAACUUCAAUCCAGACAAAACGAGAAGCCGCUGGAUGGGAAAGCCCACUACUUGCUCGCCGGCUCUGGCGUCGACCCGGGCGCAGCGGCCAAGGACCUGAGCACGCUGGAUGCUCAAGGAUCCCGUGUCGAGCGCUCCCACGGACACGCCCCCAGCGAGCUUGAUGUCGAGACGUACUUGUCCAACUUGCAGACAAGGACGACUCUGGACAUGAUCACGGACGGGCUGGAACGAUCGAUCCGCGACUUUGACAACUUUCUUCAAGACAGCGUCGCCAUGGAGUGGGAUGCGCAGCGCAAGCGCAUUUACCAGCACUUUGGCAUCAAGCCCCGCCAAGACUCGGCUGCUGCCGCUCGCGAAUCCCAGGGCGGAUUCGGCCGCUCCCGCCGAAAGUCUCACCCAGCUCCUUCUGCUCGGAGCGGCAGAAACAGUGUGCUCGGCAACCCCAUGCUUCAGCGUUCCGUCAUCGGCGCCCCGAGCCGGAUCGGUGCCCACCCGUCUCAAUCCCAGUUCUCGGACGUGGAUCACUCGACUGACGGACCGGGCGCCCUCAAGUCGCGAGGCGCGACGGAAGAUCGGGCCCUUCGCGAGAGGCAAGCCAAACUAGCCGAAAAAGUCCGCACCCUCAACGCUGCUCGCAUCGCGAGGCGCCCGUACCCGGUUCUCGCCCAACUCGCCGAGGUGGAGCAAAAGUCCCACGAUCCCCAUGCGCCGCUUGUCGUCGAGGCCUACCGGGCCGUGAUGGAGAUUGUUGGCGAAGACGCCCAAGCCGAAACCACGGUCAACGGCGCAACCGCCGAGGAACGGCAGUUUGCCAGCAUGUAUCUUGACGAAAACCCCAACUCGGCUCGUUCCGUCGAGAUGAGAAGGCGCAUCCUGCACGGGUCGACGGCCUUCCUGGAGAAGCAGUUCCUGCGGGAAGUCGAGUCCAUGAUUGCCAAGCAUCCCCACGAAGCCAAACUGGGUGGGUUGCCAGACAUCACGAGCAAAAUCAAGGCCUACAUCCGCUUGCGCCACGCCAGGAAGGACUUGGUGCCGGACAAUACCGAGCUGCAGCAGAUUCAGGGCGAGUUCGUCUGGGCCGUCGUCUUCUACCUGCUGAGGUCGGGACAUGUCAGCGAGGCGGCCCAGUACGUAAACGACAACAACAACCACUUCCGGGGCAUCGACCGCACGUUUGCAACCUACAUCAACAACUACGCGGCGAGCGAGGACCGCAGGAUAACGAACCGGAAGCUGCUGGACCGCUGCACAAACGAGUACACGCAGCGGUCGCGGAACGCGCCCGAAAACUCCAUCGACCCCUUCCGCAUGGCCUCGUACAAGGUCAUUGGACGGAUCGAGCUGAGCAACCGCAACCUGGACGGCCUCAACACCGACAUCAACGACUGGAUCUGGCUGCAGUUCAACCUCGCGCGGGAGGGGGACAGGACGGUCGAGAUGGCGGGGGAGUCGUACGGCCUGGCGGAGCUGCAGUCGAGCAUCCGGGAAAUCGGCCUCAAGCACUUCCCCAAGUCGGCCUCCGAGGACACGUCGUCCAGCGGCAGCUUCGGCAUGUUUUUCUACCUGCAGGUCCUCGCGGGCAUGUUCGAGGACGCCGUCGCCUACCUGUACCUCUUCUCCUACGUGGACGCCGUGCACUUUGCCCUGGCGCUGGCGUACUACGGCCUCGUGCGCCCGAGCGACCCCAUGUCGGCGCCAAACGAGCUGCGGAGCCACAGCGUCAAGAGCCUGCCGCAGAUCAACUUUGGCCGCAUGCUGGGGUACUACACCAGAGACUUCCGGGCCGCCGACGCGGUCUCGGCCGUGGACUACCUCUGCCUCAUCUGCCUCAACCGGGACCUGGCGGGCGAGGCGGGCCAGCGGCAGAGCAACCUCUGCCACGAGGCGCUGCGCGAGCUGGUCCUGGAGACGCGCGAGUUCAGCAAGCUGAUUGGCGACAUCCGGCCGGACGGGCGGGCCAUGCGCGGCGCCAUCGAGGAGCGCGGCCCGCUGAUCGGCCUCGACGCCGAGGCCGACUUUGUCAACACGGUGACGCUGCAGGCGGCCAGCUUCGCCGACGAGAGCGGGCGCACGACGGACUCGGUGCUGCUGUACCACCUGGCCGGCGAGUACGACACCGUGGUGGCCAUUGUCAGCCGCGCGCUCAGCGAGGCCAUCUCGCUCGAGAUUGGCGAGGACGCGAUGCGCCUCGUGCCGGUCAAGCCGCGAGAGGAGCAGCGGCAGCAGCAGCAGGAGGCGGGCGGCAGCCUGAGCCUGGCGUCCAUCGACGACCCCGUGGAGCUGGCCGAGACCAUGAUGGCCAUGUACGAGCGCGACGCCAUGUUUUUCCGCAAGAUCCAGGAGCAGAACAAGGUCGCCUGCCGCGUGCUGCUGGAGAUGAGCAGCAUCAAGAAGCUGGUUGAGGCGGGCCAAUGGGCCCAAGCACUGGAUAAAAUCCGCAGCCUCGAGAUCCUGCCCCUCGACGCCGCCGGCGACGCCAGCACCAUCCGCGCAUACGCCGCCCGGUUCGCCGGCCUGGCGCAGCCCGUGGCCGUCAACGUGCCCAACCUGCUGCUGUGGACCGUCGUCUGCUGCGUCCGCCAGAGGACCCGCCUCACCAACGGCCAGUUUAGCGGCAACGAGGGCACGCGGAGGAUGAUGGUCGAGCAGCUGAAGCGCAUGACGCUCGACCUGACGACCUACACGAGCCAGCUGCGGUAUAGGUUUCCGCCGCACUUGCAUGAGGCGCUGGCGAGGGCGACGGCCGAGUAA